AUGAGAAUUCCUCUGUUUUCAUGGCUUUUCUUAAUCCUUAUUUACUAUGUUUCACUCAGCGUCCAUGUAUUUGUGGUCUCUAGCCAAUGUCCCAGCGAUCAGAAAUCUUUGUUGCUUCAGUUGAAGAACAGCCUCAAAUUUGACUCUACAUCAUCUGAAAAACUUGUGAAAUGGAACAAUGGCUCAGAUUACUGCUAUUGGAAAGGUGUGUCCUGUAAAGAUGGCUGUGUUUCUCAUCUCGACUUAAGCGGCGAGUCAAUUUCAGGUGGACUUGAUAAUUCGAGUGCUCUUUUUGGUCUGCAGUACAUUGAGAACCUGAAUUUGGCUUACAAUAACUUCAAGUAUACUCAGAUUCCAUCCAGGUUCGACAAGCUGACCGGUUUGAGUUAUCUGAACCUGUCAAAUGCUGGCUUUGCGGGGCAGAUUCCAAUUGAGAUUUCACACCUGACGAGCACAUGGGGCUCAGUGGUGCCAAGCUAUAUCAUCUUCACUGCCAAAAUUGAGGGUGUUGAGCUUGUCCACUUCUAA